AUGCGAUCACAGCGCCGUGCCUUCAUCACCUUACCUCAAGCAUGGAAGCAGACACCAGGCAAAGCUCCUGGUGUCGACCCAUCAUCCUUUCCUCCUCCUGUUAACCAUUUAUCUCCAUCCCAACCUCCACGCCACUCAUGUCUCCCUCUUUCACCCAUGAAUCUCCCUCCUCUGCUCCCUCCGUCCCUCCACGGCCUCCUGAGGUUCCUCCUGAGGUUCCUCCUGAUUCUCCUGGCCUGCCUGUGUUUACUGCCCUGCACAGCACAGGCAGCCUUGUUUCGGGUCGGGGUGGUGGGACCGUGGGGGUGCGACCGUCUCUUUGCCAAGGCCCUUCCCAGUGUGGCAGCACAACUCGCUGUCAACCGCAUCAACAAGGACCCCUCGCUGUCCUACGCUGCAACGUUUGACUAUGUUGUGCUACAGGAGCCAUGUGAGACAUCAAGGGCGCUAGAGGCCUUUGUGAGUUUCCACACCAAGGCCUCGGGGUACAUCGGACCAGCCAACCCCGGCUACUGUGAUGCUGCUUCAAUGCUGAGCAAAGGCUGGAACAAAGCAUUGUUUCCUUGGGGUUGUAUUGGCUAUGAGCUGGACGAUGUUCGGAGCCACCCAACCUUUGCCCGCUCCAUGCCGAGGCCCGCCUGGGUGCUGCUCAGCAUCAUGAGCUACUUCAGGUGGGCCCACAUCGGCAUCAUCUCUUCCUCAGAGGACAUCUGGGUAGAGACGGCCACCAAGGUAGCCGACUCCUUGAGGAGCCAUGGUCUGCCGGUCAGACUGGUCCGUUUUAUGGAGAACACACCUCACGGCAUAAGACGAACUCUGUCCAGAGUCCGCAAGAUGAGAGAAAUACGAGUUGUGAUCCUCUGCAUGCACUCGGCACUGAUCGGCGGCGAAGCCCAGAAGCUACUCUUGGAGACGGCCUACGACAUGCAGAUGAUCGACGGCUCCCUGGUGUUCGUGCCCUACGACACCUUGCUCUACAGCCUGCCCUACCGCAAUGUGUCCUACCCGGCUCUGAAGAGCAACAGCAAACUGCUGCGGGCCUACGACGCCGUGCUGACCGUCACCAUCGACUCACCCCAGAUGUCGUUCUACGACGCCUACAGGGAGGCCAUGGAUAAGGGAGAGGUGGCGAGGACGCUGAAGCCACAGCAGGUGUCUCCUCUCUUUGGCACCAUCUACAGCUCCGUCCUCUUCAUGGCUCAUGCGGUGCAUCGCGUUCGGCAAUCUGCGGAGUGGAUGUCUGGGGGAAACCUGGCAAGACACACCCGCAACCUGUCCUUCCAGGGCUUCAGCCAUCCCAUCAAAACCAAUGGGUCUGGAGCAGCUCUACUGGACUACCUCAUACUGGACACAGACGGACUCUCCUGGGAGUUGAAGCCAACAUACAGGAUCGACAUGGAGGCCGGUAUGGUGCGUUUCCUGGGUCGAGACAUCCACUUCCCUCGCGGAUACGGACCCAGGACGGACUCCUCCUGCUGGUUUAUCCCUGGAGUCAUCUGCUCAGGCGGGGUGGAUCUGUUUUCCACCAUCAGCAUGUUCUUCGGAGGGACCGUCACCUCUAUUUUUGCAAUGGCGUUUAUUUACUGCGUCAGGCGACGCAUUAAUCAGAUUCGACUGCUCACGGGUCCAAACAAGAUCUUGCUGACUCUGGCAGACGUCACAUUCAUCAACCCGUCGCUUAGCAACAAGAAGCUGAGUCUGGACGACAGCAGAAUCAGCGGCAUGAGGAGCGUGUCAGAAUGCAGUGCCACGUCGCCAGUCUCCACCCAGUCACCGGCCACCUACGAGAACUCCAACGUCGUCAUCUACGAGGGUGACUGGGCGUGGCUGAAGAGACUUCCUGAUGGGAUGUUUAGCAACAUCAACCCAAAAACCAGCCUUGUGUUUGAACUGAUGAAGGACAUGCGUCAUGAAAACGUCAACCCUUUCCUGGGCUUCUUUCACGACUGUGGCGUGUUCGCCAUCGUGACCGAGUUCUGCUCCAGAGGAAGUUUGGAGGACCUGCUGCUCAACGAUGACGUCAAACUAGACUGGAUGUUCAAGUCGUCUCUGCUACUGGAUUUAAUUAAGGGUAUGAAGUACCUCCACCACCGCGGUAUCUCCCACAGUCGCCUGAAGUCCCGUAACUGUGUGGUGGAUGGGCGUUUUGUCCUGAAGGUAACAGACUACGGCUACAACGAGGUUCUGGAGGCUCAGAGGUUCCCCUACAUCGAACCACCUGCAGACGAGAUGCUGUGGACGGCUCCAGAGAUCCUGAGGAUCCCCAGCCAGCCAGGGCUUCACGGGACUCUACAUGGCGACGUGUACAGCUUUGCCAUUGUCAUGCAGGAGGUGGUGGUCAGAGGGCCUCCGUUCUGUAUGAUUGACCUCACCGCCGCAGACAUUAUAGAGAAGCUGCGUAAGCCUUCUCCUCUGUGCCGCCCACUGGUCAGUCCAGACUACGCUCCGUCAGAGUGCAUCCAGCUGAUGAAACAGUGCUGGAACGAACAGCCGGACAAGAGACCAACCUUUGACGAGAUCUUCGACCAGUUUAAGAACAUCAACAAGGGCAAGAAGACCAACAUCAUAGACUCCAUGCUGAGGAUGCUGGAGCAGUACUCGUCCAACCUGGAGGAGCUGAUCAGGGAGCGAACGGAGGAGCUGGAGAUCGAGAAACAGAAGACGGAGAAGCUGCUGACUCAGAUGCUGCCGCCGUCCGUGGCUGAGGCUUUGAAGGUGGGCGGCAUAGUCGAACCUGAGUAUUUUGACAGUGUGUCGCUUUACUUCAGCGACAUCGUCGGCUUCACCACCAUCUCAGCCCACAGUGAACCCAUCGAGGUGGUCGACCUGCUCAAUGACCUCUACACCAUCUUCGACGCCAUCAUAGGAAACCACGAUGUCUACAAGGUGGAGACUAUCGGUGAUGCUUACAUGGUGGCGUCAGGCGUUCCCGUCCCGAACGACAACCGGCAUGCCUCAGAGAUUGCAAACAUGGCCCUUGACAUCCUUAGCGCUGUGGGAACCUUCAAAAUGAGACACAUGCCUGACGUUCCUGUCAGAAUACGUAUAGGACUACACACAGGUCCAUGUGUAACAGGUGUGGUAGGUCUCACCAUGCCUAGAUACUGUCUGUUCGGAGACACGGUGAACGUCGCCUCUCGUAUGGAGUCCAGCGGGCUGCCCUACAGGAUCCACGUCCACCAGAGUACAGUGAAGAUCCUACGGGAACUAAAUCUCGGCUACAAGCUCGAGUUGAGAGGCAGGACCGAAGUCAAGGGGAAAGGAAUGGAGGAGACCUACUGGCUCGUAGGAAAAGAUGGAUUUACCAAACCUCUGCCUGUUCCUCCAGAAGUGAAGACCGGCAUCGCAACGGGCGAGUCGAAGGACAUGAAGCUGGUGUUUCACAAGGCGGUGAAGAAGAUCGCUCUCGUCCACAUCGUGGCUCAGCUCCAAACGCCGGAGGAGGAGGGCAACGUCAUGAUGUCGCACCACUGACUGACCUGUAAUUUACAACUCCUACGACCUUUAAACUCCAGAAGAAGAGGUGAUGGACAGGGGGCCCUCACGAGCUUCACACCAAGGAUGAAGAGCGUAAUUUUGCACCAGUGUUUUCCUUCAUUCAUUAUCAGCCUGUCACACGGGAAAUCAUCCAGGUAUUUCUCGCUAGUAUUCAUCCACUGAGAAACGUUUCCAGGAGGAGACAGAGGCUAGUGAAAGUGUUAGUUCAGAUUACCAGUGUGUGUGU